UGGCUGAGCGACGAGGCGUUCAGCCCGCUCAGCCUGCCGACGCCUGUCUUCGAGGCGCCGCCGCCCGAGGAGGCGGGCGAGGCGCUGCCUCCAGAGGAGGAGGAAAACUGGCUAGAGGCGGCCGACGAGCUGCCUCCUGGGCUCGCGGGCGGCGGCGGCCAGCUGGUGGCACUGGAGCCUCAGCCCGUCGCGCCGUUGGGGCCGCAGGGCGCGAUCGCGCCGCCGCCGCUGGAGGAUGGCGUCGCGGAUCGGGCCGAGAGGGGUGCCGUUGCCAAGCUGGCGGGUGUGCUGAUUCGGCGGGUGUACCCCGACAGCGGUCAGACUGUUGGCCUGGAGAGCGCCACGCGCUUGGCGUCUCGGCUCGGCAUCCUGGCGAAUCGUUUUCGCGAGAAGGUGUACGCCGUGGGUCACGCCGCCUUGGCGUCUGGCCAGAGGCAAGCUGCUGCCAUAGUGCCGAGGCUUCUGGCCGCCUGCGCGGCAACCCACGGUCCACGUGGUGAUGGCCCUCGGAUGGAUGCUGUCAUCUUCUUCCGUAAGAGGAAAUACGACGGCACUCGCAUGCGAGUGACCACCCAGGUCACGCAGCACUACGGCACUGACUCGAUCGUAGAGCGCUGCACUGGCACGAGGGAGUUGUUCGUUGUCAAAGCUGGUUUCAGCAUGGUGCUUCGCAAGCGCGUUGGUGACAGAGACGAUUUCCUUCACGUGCUUGCGAACACGCCCACCCACAUCAGUGUCUUAGAGACGCCGAACGGUGAAAUCAUCAACGCGUGCUUGCGCCAGCAACUCAGCCAGGUGUAUGACACCCUCGUUGACCAGCGAGUCCCUCGGCAUAUUGAUGUCAUAGGGUGUGACGCUGCAGGCAGCAACCUCAAGAAUGAGCGGCUCUUUCAGAUGCAGCACCCUUUUCGAGCUCAGAUUAUUGUUCUUUGCCGCGCCCAUGGCAAAAAGAAGGUUGCCGAGCAGGGGUAUAUGGUCAUCCGCCCGACGGACACCAAUAUGAUACGAUGUCAGUUGAGCUUGUCCGCUGAACACCUCAUUUCAGUGAGGCAUCACGCCAGGCUCCUCCACGAUGAGCAGGUUGUGGUCUACGCUGGGAAUUGCCCUGCUGCGGCCACGGCUCACAGGGAGCGGGUGUUCGAGUUGUAUUUCGCGGACACCACUGACGCGAGCUUGCAGUUCAGAGCGGCCGUAUGCAGGAAGCUUUACAACGGCGACAUAAAGAAAACUGGUGUCAUCGAGCACUACUGCAACGGGUGUUGCCGUAAUCGCGACCAUACUGUUUUUUUGAUGCGCCGUUACGGCGUGGCUGCACUGUUUGGGCCCGUGGACGUUUUGAACCGUUCGAAUUGGACGAACAAGAUGAAGAGCCACCGUUGCAUCGGCCUCCCUGCUGCAGUGCAUGGGCUUCUCCAGGCCGCCUACCUUCGCGGCGUGCCAGAGCCUCCUCAGGCCAAGCGGCUGCGCGAGCAGAAGCUGCGGGCGCGAGCCGAGCGGGAGCGGCUGGCUGCUGCUGCUUGGCCAGAGGGGGGCGGCGAGCCACUCGGAGGGGACCCAGCUCCAGGGUGCGACUCCGACGGCGACGGCGGGGGCGCUGACGCCCCGAGUGCGUGGCGGGAGGAGCAGGACGCCAGGAUCGUCGGCGCCAGGUCGUGGAUGAACAGCGGCCGAGUGGCCGACGAUGUCUUCAUCGCGUCUCGCAUGGUGUCGCUGACAGAUGCUUACCUUUUGAAGCAGUUGGCAACGUCUGGCGUUUCCUUCGAACGGCUGCAGCAGCUGAAGGUGAGUCGGGGUCAGGAGCGCACGUACCAGGCGUGGCUUGCGCACGAGGACGUGGACACCAGAUGCCUGUUCAAGGACGUCUACGAUGCCAUCUUCGAUUCGUCGUCUUGGACGCCUGUUCAGGAUCGUUCAGAGUCGACCGCGUUGACGAUUUACCUGCUGAUGGCGAGAAUGGGUGCUACUGCGUACAAGCUGGUUUACACCAGCAACCGUGCGUGGCCAAUGAAGUUGUUUUAUGCCUUGAAGGACCCAGAGGUCAUCGCCGAGCUGGGGCGCACAGCUCCGUGCCUCCUCGACGCCUACACCGAGAACUUUGUUGAAUUCUACAGAGGUGCCUUGGGCUCGGCGACCGCCAUGGCCGAGCUCAAGGGCGCCGUCGUCCUGAUCGACACGGACACGGCCGACGUCGAGCGUCUCCAUUCGGUCAAUCAACGGCAUGCGCGGUUCAGGGUUUGGACCAGCGUUGAGACCGUUGAGGAAAUCAGCGCGCAUUUUGCUGCGCACUCUGCUGGGGAUUGGGGCCCCGACGCAGCGCGCCACGGCCCCGGCCGCGCUGGGCGCAAGCCCAAGGCGCCGAAGCCUCGUGGCCAGCCUGGGGGCGGGCGCGGCAGCCUUCGAAUCUGGAUGUGGCGGGCGUUCGCGCACGUGAACGGCCGUUGGCUUGACAAGGAGGCGGCCGCCGCACUGUCGGAGCAGUUCAGGCAGCUGGGCGCUGAGGAGCUGGAGCAGUACCAGCUGCUUGCUGCGAUCGCCAGGGAUCGGCAUCGCGAUGGCGAGCGCGCUUUUGAGAAAAAGCCGCGUGCUGUCGCGAUUCCUGCUGUCGGUCGCGGCGUGCCUGCCCUUGGGCUCCUGCCGCCUCAGCAGGAGCGGCCUGGACCUGAUGACGUGCCAGCUGAGGGCCGCCGAGAGCAGCCUCCGUUCGCAGAUGUGCCCUCGCCGAUUUUAGAUGCUGCAUUCGCGGCCAGAGGUCGCGCCCCGUCCCUUCGGCGCCAGCGGGCGUCGCAUGACGACGCGGUGGCUGGCUUGGUGAGCAGGGCGAGCAGCGCGAUCAGGCAGGAUCGUCGGACAGCAGCCGACGGCACGUUUGCGAUCGUGGAUACUACGUUGGAGCAUCAUGGAGUUUCUGAUGUCCACGUUGAUGCUGGCACUAUUUUGCAGUACCGCAGGCGGCCAGAGCUUGUUUCAGACGAGUCGGCCAGCAGCAUCAGCGCGGAUGGGAAUAUGUCCACGGCGCAGAGGGCUUUAGCGUGGGAGUCGAUGCAUCAGACGUUCACGGCUGCCAGUUGCGGUCCUUGCCGAAAGGUCCCCGUCGUGCGUCGGCGAUGCCAUGAAGCUGGCAUGUGCAUUCACAUGGGCGACGGCUUGGAGUUAGCGAGGUUCGAGGCACACAUCAGGUAUGCUUUCACCAGGUGGCGCAGUGCUGAUCGCAAGCAGUCGAAGGACGAGGACGACUGGAUCCCUGUCGGCGCCGACGGCAUCGAAGGCGCCGUCGAGAGCGCCCUCGACUCUGCGAUCGGCAUCGCCUUUGGCGGCGACGAGCCUGCUUUGCCGCAGCCCGCUGGCAGCGCGGGGCCCGUUGAGCCGCCUGCGGUCGGCGGUGGCGAUCCCCCGCCGCCUGAGCCAGCUGCGGUUGCGCCUGUGCCGAGGGGCGUCGGCAGGUUUCCAGCUGAGCUGGUCUGGCACUACAAGAACGGCGUCAUCCGAUAUUAUGAUACCACGAAGGUGAUGGUGGCGCAGUGCCUUGUGCCAGGCCACCAGGAAGGACCAGGCUGCGUCCUCAUGCGGUCGGCGAGGGCCAGCCCUGUCAGCAGGGCCAAGGGCCGUUGCUUGGGCUACCUCUGCAGCUGGCUCGAGGCGCCGCUGCGCGCGCUCGGCGCCCCUCUCACCUCGGCCAGCGGCGCUGGGCUGCCAGGCUCCACCGUGGCGCCCAGGCGCCGCUGGCGCCGUCCUCGGCUCCGAGAGUGGCCCAUCACGUACUGGAGCCCGCGCGUGGAGCUGGCAGCUCAGAGGCAGUGCGCCGCCAUGGGCGGCAGAAAGCGUACGAGUGCAGACGGCGACAGCGGCGCCCCCGUCAAGGUGGCUCAGCCUCGCAAAGGGAAGGCUGGAGGCGUCGGCAGUGACGCAGUGGCCUGCGACCGCUGCGACGAGCCCGUGGAUCGGUCGACGUGCCAUCGUGGCAAGGGUUCUGGGCCUGGCGCCCCUCCGACAUACGGGUGCGACACGUGCUUCACGUGCUUCACCCGCCACUUCCAGCAGGACAUGGCCUGGCAGGACUUCUGCGAGAGGUGCCGCGAGGACGAGGAUUUCAACAAGGACUGCGACAGCAAGAUCCAGGCCGACAGCGAGCUUGCCGCGAACAUCGAGGAUGCUAUCGGCGAGCAUGGCAGCGUCGAGGUGGACGUACUCUACGGCCAGGAGAUCAGCAAGACGUCGAUCCAGUUAACGAAGGAGCAGUGGACAGAGAGGGUCUGCCCGAAGGGCGCGGUUGGCAUCACGCCUGAGAUGUGCAAGGUGGAAGAGACCCGCGUUGUCUCGUCUUCUCAGCCUGGCGUGAGCUCGACUGGCGUCGUGUGCCAGCACCCGUCGAAGCCGUUCACGGAGAUCAAGAACUACACCAGGACGGAAGUACGCUUGAGCACCAUCAAGCUCACGGCGGCGAAAGCGGCAACUUCAAGAGGGGAGCAGCAGACUUUCAAGCAGGAGAUCACGAAGAUCAGACAGAAGCAAGCGACCAUCCUCCGAGGGCACGCCAAGGUGCCGACGCUCACCCAGUUGCAGGAGAUCGCCAACGCGGAGGCUGUGAGCCGUGGCCUUUCGGCUUGGCCGCCAAAGGCCAAGGGCUCGCCUGCUGUUCCGUCGGAGUUCCUCGCCAUCGAGAACGGGGGCGCCGACGAGGUGGAGCAAGCCUCAGUCCGAGCGCCGAGUGCGGGUACGCGCGUGAGCUCUGGGCGCAAGAUUGCACCGAAGGCGUCGGCGGCAGCCUUGUCUAGCGACAAGGUGCGGUGGGAGCAGUUGAAGCAUGACGUCGUCAUCCCUGACAUCCUCGACGGCUUGCCGAAGGGCGAUCGGGUCUACAGCUUGAAAAGGUUCCGACCUACUUCAGCCAGCAUGGCGAUCAUGGCCGAGACACUGCACACGAAAGCUGAGACAGCGACAACGCUAGUGACCAACAUCAACGAGAUGGGUUGGGAGCAGAUCUGUGGGCAGCUUAAGAAACUAACAAACGGGGACGUCGAGUGCGCCUACAACUUCACGCAGACCCUGCUGAGGAAGUACUUGCUCCUGGGCAACCCCUCGAUCGAUCAGAUCGCGGAUGCGAUCUUGCCAGUCACAGCCACGCCAGAGCCCUUCAACAUGUACGAGCCCAAGCUCUCCAGCAUGAAGAGCGACAUCGACUCGAGAGUUGCGGUGUCUCGAGAGAUCCUCAUGGACAUCGUGGUGCUUCCUGGCUUGGCGGACCCCUCCAUGGUCAAGCACCUGCAGCAGCUUGGGGUCGCCUUGGCCGACCACUUCGGUGGCAGCUUGCCGGAGUGGAGCCCAAGCGUCAAAGACUACUUCGAGAAGGUCGUUGGCGUGGGCCUCUUGCUGACCCACCUGGGCAACGACGACCCUGAGUCCUUCUCGGCCUGCGCCCCGCACAUGCCAUUAUUGAUCAACUUGCUGACGGGUGGCUUCUCCGAUCCAGAGUGGGCGCCGCUCGCGGCGGCUUUCGGAAAGCGCGAGCCCUGGGCCGAGUGGAAGUCGUCAUUUCGACGGGCUGCUUCGACAGACCUCCAAUCGGCGCCGAAGAUGAACUCGUUGAUGCUGGAGCUGAGGGCUUCUGAGUUCGAUGAAGAUGGUUUGAAUGCCCUCACCUCUGCGAUCACGUCCAUCGGUCAUUGGAGGAAGACGUGCCGUGGCAAGGCAUCGUCGACAGUGAAGGCGGAGGAAGCAGUCCAGCAGACCAUCAUCAGGAUGACCAGCACUCUAGUCGACAGCAGCGACGCCCUCGUGAACCUGGAGAUGUUGAGCAAGCUCGAGGUGGUCAUGACCCAAUACUCUGUGGCUGCGGACUUCUCCCUGGACGACGAGGCGACCGAUAAGCUGGACGGUGCGUACGCUCGCUUGCUGGACAAGCGCACCGCCGCCGAGGCGUCCAGGAGUUCAUCGGCCAUCAUGGCGUCGGUCACCAAGUACCUCAGCGACCCCAGCGAGGAGAACCUGGACUUCGUCAACAUCGCCCUCAGGACCAACAAGAAGGUUAGCAUCAGCGUCAAGGACGAUUGCGAGAACAUCGCCAGGGCGAUUGCCAUCAUCUUCAAUGGCAUCGAGGUGCUCGACGUGAAGAACCCCGACGAGAUGGUGAGGAGCCCUGAGAUGGGCACUCUGAUUAAGAACGCCUGGUGGCGCAAGGGCAUCGCCGAUAGCCUGCGGAAGACCAUCAGCCACCUCGGCGACACCUCCCUCCUGAACAAUGCGGUCAACAUGCGGUGCGCGGACGUGGAGGAGCACAUUGGGCACAUCGUUCAGUUCGAGAAGUUCAUCUCGGUGACGGCGCAGCAGGACGCAGAGAACGCGGCGCUCAAGGCGGUGCACCAGGAGCUCGUGUCAGCUACGAUCAGCGUGCCAGCCGUGAACUCCGACACCGAGGAUGCGCACUUGGUUCCUUUCGGCUUCGACGCGUGGAAGGUCUUCACAGAGAAGGUGGGUCCGUGGAUCCCAGCGGCGAAAGAAGCGACGGAUGUCUACUCGAAGAUGCGUGCUACCGAGGCCGCGGCGGCAGCCAGCCGCGUGGCGUCAAGGCUGGAGGAGAUCGCUGGCGGCAUGGCCGACGGCAGCGGCUUCAUGGACACCUACACUGGCAGCGAUGACGACUGGCCAAGCCUCCAGGACCAUCUCAAAAAAACGCUGUUCCGUCAGAUCGGCAUCAGCAAUAAGAUCGAAACGUUGGUCAAGGACGUAGCCGAGAAGCGUGGUGAGUUUGCGGCGGCCUGCGCAGAUUUCGCAGUGGUCGAGUCCGAAUUCGAGUCGGAGAAGAAGUGGACGGAUGCCGUCCAGAAGAGCAACGUCACGAUGACCGUGGCGUCGCUCGCGCAGGCGGCGGCGGCGAAGGGUGCGUCAGCGACGGACACCUUGACGAGGGCGAUCGACGCCAUGACGGCGAGGGCGGUGGCGGUGGAGGAGAUCCCCACGGGCCUCUGGAAAGAGGAAGGCGCCGAGGCGGCGCCGCCAGAAGGCGCUGACAAGACAUCCGCGUACAAGCUCAGCAAUCUAAGACCAGGCCUGGUUAUUGGCACCUGGCGGCUUGGCCACUGGCGGCUGCUGCCCCUGCAUCCCUGCCGGCUGAGCCGGUGGGCCCGCAGCCUGGAGUGCGGGUCGCUGCUCGGCCUCUUUCGCUAUCUCCGUUGUUUUAACCUCCGCCUGCACCGCAAGCUGCUUGGCAGCUGCGGCCUUCUCGGAGAACUGAGCCUCGAGUUGCUGGUCACGCUGCUGAGCGGCCUGGGCAAUCGCGAUCUUCUCGGCCUCGGCCUUGGACCGAAGGGCGAUAGCAAGUUUCUGGGCGUCAGCGUGUUCUUGGUAAUCGACUGUUUCUGCCUCGGAUCGCUCACCGUCUGGGACGGGGCAAUCGAUGAGGUCCUGGAGUGGGAGCUCUGGUUCAGCCCGACCUG